GUUGGGUGCCUCAAGCACCACUCUAACUGUCCGCACAAGAUGUCUAUGUUGCUAGAGGCUGUGCAUCGGGUGAACGUGCAACGCGCGGCGACGCUGCUGGCUCGGGGUGCAGAUGUGAACACGACGGACGCGCAGGGCGUAACGCCACUCAUCAUCGCCUGUGAACGAGGGGAGUUGAAGAUGUUGGACCUACUCCUCAAGGCGAGGGCGUCCACGAAGAUGGUCACCAACGACACGCAGAGCUCGUGCCUUCACAUCGCAGCCAAGAACAACGCGGAAGAUAUCGUGCUUCGGCUUCUCGAGGUCGACCCAACCAUUGAGGAGAGAGCCACCUCCCAGGGAGACACAGCGCUCAUGGUGGCGUGCCUAUCGGCGGUGGAGACGGAGGCGAGCUCCGCCACCCUCAACGCCCUGCUGCAGCCCAGGCUGGCAACCACCACCGGCCCCUCAAACAAAGCGAGCGGCCCGCCGCCGCGAAAGACCGGCAGGUACGCGUCGGCGGGCGACGGCAAGGCUCCCGUAGCCGUUCUGGGCCCCGACGACCCCCGCCUGGUGGCGCGCAACCGCCACGGGCACACGGCGCUGCACUGCGCGGCGUUCUCGCAGUCCCCGACAGCGGUGAGGCUGCUCCUGGAGGCCGGCGCGGACUGCACCAUCAGGGACGAGGCGGGACUAACGGCGGUGGAGGUGGCGCUCAACCUCAUCAAGAAGGCCACGGCAUGGGCGAAGCUCGAGAACGAAGCGAAAGAGAGGCAGCGUGCUCUGCUUGGGGAGCUGGAAGGGGGUGAGGGGGGCGAGCGGGGCGGUAAUGGCCGGUCUUCAGGGGCAACGACUGGGAAGAAAAGCACGCGUAAAAAGAGAAAGAAGCAGCAGCAGCAGCAGCAACAACAACAAGAAAGACUAGAGGACACUACUACUCCGGCAUGCGAUGCCGAUGGGAUGCACGUCGAAGGCGGCGUGCGCGACGCAGCAACAGCCGCAGUAGAGGAAAUCACUUCGACAGCGAUAACGGCGGCGGUGACAACUGCUAGCCAGACCGCACCCUCCCGGCGGCCGAUAGCAGCGGCAACAACGACCACCGACGGCCUUGGCAACGCGGAGAGAAGGCGCGACGGCGGCGACGCUGGUUACGAGCAGGACGGCACGGGCAGCGACAGCGAGGGGAAGACGGACGACGAGGCCGGCUCCCACCCUUCCAGCGAGGCGGAGACCGGCUCUCACGAGGGCGACCCCGCCGACAGAACCUCGGGGGCAGCGGCGGCAGAAGCGGCGGCGGUCAUGGCGUCCCUGACCGAGGCGGAGGAAGCUGCAGCGGCCGCGGCCGCGGCCGCGGCGGCGGCGGCGGCGGGGCAGGAAGGCGCGCUUGCUGCUGGCGCGACAUCGAAGGCUGACGGUAGCCGGGAACACGAGGUGGACGAAGCUUGGUCGGUGGUAGCUCGACCAGCCCGGAAGAAGAAGACGACUCUGCCACCGCCCCGCGCACAACGGCCGUCAUCACGGCCGUCAUCGCCGCCGCUGUCGGCGGUGGUCAGGGGGGUUCCGGCCGGGAGGGUGCGGGCGCUCGGGAACAAGGGUCCUCAAGGGUUCGUUGCUUCCCGCAACCGCUCGACGGACUAUCCCGCCCUUCCGGCGAGGGAAGCCGUGUCUAGAGGGGCGGCGACAUCGACGGUGGUUGACACACGGUGUUCGGUCUCGCCUUGCGAUGCUGCACGGCCUGCACCGGUAGCGGCAGCGGCACACGCAGCAGCUGAUGGGCAAGGAGAAGCAGUUCCGGUGUUGCCCGCACAAUCUGGAAGCCACCAGGAGGAUAGCAGCGGCAGCGGCGGCGGCAACAGCAAUGAGAAACAAGGGCUGCUCGUCCGGCGGCAACUCAACGUUAACGCCAACGCUUGGCAGCCCCCGAUCCCGUCGCCGCCGCCGCCGCUGCAGCAGCCAAUGCAGCAACACAUGGGGAUGCAGCAGCUACAGCAGCAAAUGCACAUGCAUCCCUCGGCACCCCCGCCGCCGGUGCUUCCGCCCAUGUCGGGGGGUGCGCCGCCGAUGGGACUAGUAGCAGGAAACGGACUCCGCCACCACCACCACCAGCAGCAGCAGCCGCCACCUCCCGUCGCAUGGGGCCCACAGCAUCACCAGGCUCUGUACAACAACCACCACGGGGGCGCGGGAGGCAACGCCACCCCAUUCGGGCACAACGGCUUCGCCCCGAUGCCCCAGCCCGCAGGCCCGCCGCCCCCCAUGCACAUGCACCCGGCAAGGAAUAGUAACAGCAUGGCCGGUGAUCCUAGCCGCGCCAUGAUGAUGCCGCCGCCGCCGCCGCCGCCGCCGCUAGCUCCCCAUGCUGUGAGCGGCGGUGGCGUGAUGAUGGGGGCACGCCCAGAGGAAGUCGGUGGCAUGAGGGGGGCCGCCGCGAUGCCCGAUGGCGCUCCGAUGCCGGGCAAUGUGGCGAGCGUCGCGCAAGGCAUGCUGGAGUCAUCUUCACCGCAGGCGCAAGCGUUGGCGUUGCGGGUGGAGCACCUGGUUUGGGGCAUGGAGGCGAUGAGCGCGGGUCUCAGCAUGGCGCAGCUUGACACCCUCAAGGCCGUCCUAUUGGACCAAGUCGGAAGGGUAGACGAGGCAAAGCUGGAGCAGGUACGCGUGCAGGAGCGGUCGAAGAGCGAGGAAAAGACGAGCAUCCUCAACCAGCUGCAACACUUUCAACACGCGGAGUCCGAGUCCGAGUCUCCUGCGCCUGCGAACGGUGGUGGUGGUGGUGGUGGUAGCGAAGGGGGGGACGGCCUGGAUAGCGGCGCCGGCGAGGGCGGGGCGGGCGAGCUCUCCGCCACCGCUGGUGCUGUCGGGGGGCACACGGACGGGACCUCGAGUGGAGAAGGGGGAGGUAGUCAACCGGGCGAGAGCAACAGCGAUGGAUUGCACGACGCGGCGGAGGAAGAGACAGAGGGGGAGGGGUUGUCAAGAGUUGGAGUCCCGACUGCGGCGCAGUAG